CAAGCGAGUAACCGCUCGGGUUACUUAAGAAGCCGGAGAGGGAGAGGCUCCGGGCACAGCUGCCCCAUCCUAUCUCUUUAAAUGACACCGAGCCGGAGCGCUGUGCGCGGGUGCGUGCGCGUGCGUGUGCAUGCGCGCGCGCGCGUUUGGGGGCGAAAUUAGGCGAGCGCCGCCGCGUUGUGCCGGAGGACGAGCGAAAACACAACGCAGCCGCCCCUUUCGCUCACCUUUUUUUAUCGCGGAGAGCGAGAAGGCUGCCCGUCGCUUCCUCCACCUGCGCGUGAACGCUUCGGACUUUCGGAGCGGGCCGCUUCCUCCUCCGUGUCGUGCUCGUCGAUGGGCUCCGUGGGCGCAUCGCUGGCCUCGCGAUAGGAAACGGCGGGCAGGGCGGCCUCGCCGUCGCAUUUUGUUGCUUUGCCAGGGGGAAAGGUGAUCGAGAAGCGGUGCGCGGAUCAUCAUGGAUUAAGAGCCGAGCGAAAAGCCAUCUGAGAGGUUCCCGAUGUUGAACAUGUCCACCCCCGGCGAGCUGAAGUCUCCCUGCGUGACUCGCAACGGCAUGGUGAAGCUGCCCCCCAGCCAGCCCAACGGUUUGGGCAGCGCCAGCAUCACAAAGGGCACCCCCGCCGCCAAGAACCGCCUGUGCCAGUCCUCGUCCGUUCCCUCCAUCCUGCCUCCUGCGCCAUCUUCUCUUCCCUACCACCACCAUCACCACCACCACCACCACCACCACCUGGACAACGCGGUCACGCCGCAUUCGGCAGCGUCCAUCCUCGGCGGCGACCCGGAAUCCAGGAAGCAACUCGUGGGUCUGAAGCCGUCCCUGCGCCAGCUACCGCCGCUCACUCUGCCCAAGCCGCUUUUUCUGGAGCGCCAGCUGGUCCUGGAUGAGAAGCUGCUCAACCGAUUGCUGUGGUACUUCACGGCGGCGGAAAAGUGCGUGCUGGCGCAGGUCUGCAAGACGUGGCGUAAGGUGCUGUAUCAGCCCAAGUUCUGGGAGGCCGUGACGCCCAUCCUGCACGCCAAGGAGCUUUACGCCGCCUCGCCCAACGGAGACAAGGAGUUUGUCAGUCUCCAGGCCUUCGCCCUGCGCGGCUUCCAGUCUUUUUGCUUAGUGGGUGUGUCAGACCUGGACAUUUGUGAGUUCAUCGAUAACUACCCGCUCUCCAAGAAGGGCGUACGUUCCGUCAGCCUCAAGAGGUCCACCAUUACGGACGCGGGACUGGAGGUGAUGUUGGAGCAGAUGCAGGGUCUGAUGCAUCUGGAACUGUCGGGGUGCAACGACUUCACGGAAGCCGGCCUGUGGUCCAGUCUCAACGCCCGCUUGACGUCGCUCAGCGUCAGCGACUGCAUCAACGUGGCCGACGACGCCAUCGCCGCCAUCUCGCAGCUUCUGCCCAACCUGUCCGAGCUCAGCCUGCAGGCCUAUCACGUGACCGACACGGCCAUGGCCUACUUCACUGCCAAACAGGGCUACACCACCCACACUCUGCGGCUUCACUCGUGCUGGGAGAUCACCAAUCACGGCGUGGUCAAUAUGGUGCACAGCCUGCCCAACCUGACGGCGCUCAGCCUCUCCGGCUGCUCCAAAAUCACCGACGACGGUGUGGAGCUGGUGGCGGAGAACCUGCGCAAGCUCCGCAGCUUGGACUUGUCCUGGUGCCCCCGAAUCACUGACAUGGCCCUGGAGUACAUUGCCUGUGACCUGCAUAAAUUGGAGGAACUUGUCCUGGACAGGUGUGUACGGAUCACAGACACCGGCUUGGGUUAUUUGUCCACAAUGUCAUCAUUGCGCAGUCUCUACCUGCGCUGGUGUUGCCAGGUGCAGGAUUUCGGACUGCAGCAUUUGUUUGGAAUGAGGAGUCUUCGUCUACUUUCUCUAGCAGGUUGCCCCCUGAUCACCACGACCGGCCUAUCGGGCCUCAUUCAGCUGCAGGAUCUGGAGGAGCUGGAGCUGACCAACUGUCCGGGAGCCACCGCCGAGCUCUUCAAAUACUACUCGCAACACCUGCCGCGCUGCAUGGUUAUCGAAUAAGACCGACGCCUCGUCCUCGGCAAGCCACCGCAAAUACGGCGACCUUCCUUCUCUUUCCUCUUCCUCGCUCUCGUUCAAAAUGCAGCCCAGGGUUGUAGUGCGGCGUUCCUCAUCUCUCGGCCAUCCCACUCCACCCCGCCGCUCGUCUUCCUCCGCACCCGCAUUGAGUAGCGGGAGGACCACGCGGACUACGAGGGGAGAAGACGAAGGCUCGGUACGACGUCUUGUCUGGCCGCAAUUUGAUUUUUGGGAAGGGCGCGGGGAGGUUUCAGACGAUACGCCCCCUGGUGGUCUCCCGCAGCAGAUCGCAGCUGCGGCAAAGUGGACUUUGGUCCCGGUGGAACUCACACAUGUGCUUCUACACUUGAGCCACACUGGCACACAUGGUGUGUGUGGUGAGUGAAACAAGACCACGAGUACGAACGCUUCUUUUUCAUCACUCCGUGUAAUAUAAGCCGCUCGCUGUUUUUCCUCCAAGCUUCAGUGUCGUCUUGUUCAGACACAAACCAGCCGGUCGGUCAUGAAAUCCGACUCCUCGGAUAGAACUUUUCUCUUUUUCUCCCUCUUUGUAUGUGUGAUGUGUGUCAUGAACACAUUUUUUUUUAGGUGGAGUGGGGGGAUAUCACCCCCCCCCCAUAUCUUAUCAGAAGUUCAAAAAAUAAUAAUAAUACAAAACAUGACGGGACAUUUACAAAACAACUGUUUACAUUUGUCCUUUUGGUUGGACUCGUACGCUUGACGCAUUUCUUGUUGUGACGUUUCAUCACAUUUCUUUUUCGCCAGACAGGGAAAUUCUAGCUAAGGCGCUGUCGGACGCUAUCGCUUUAGAUGUCUUGAAAGGAGAAGUGGUAGAAGAGUGUGGGAAAAAAGGAGUUCUACUUUUUUUUAGGGGGGGGGUGGAGAAACUUUACUGACGGUUUGAAGUGCUUUUUGCCUUGAGAGGUGUCCUUAUUGGCCUUGAAAUGUUGAAGUCGGAUGACAAAGUGUCCGUUUGAAGUAUUUCUCGAGUGCAUUUUGGAACUUCACUGGAAAAACUGUGGUCGAAACACACCCAUGGUUUUGUGUUUCUAUUUUCAAGUGCGUGUUUCUAGAGAUGAACGUGAAGUGUGGACUCCCGCUGUCAGGGGAUUUCAAGACGGUAUUUAUUGACUCUGCCUCAGAGAGUUUUUGUUUUUUGUUUUGGGGUGGGUGGGCGGUUUUCAGCGGCUUCGCUCACAAAUUUUCAUUUCAUUAUAUUGUCAUCGGAAGCCCUUACGCAGUCACCCAGUAAGCGGUCGCCCCCUAUCCGCUCAAGGCCGAGAUAAUUAAAGAACUUUGAAACUCCUGAAAUGUCAAAGAAAUGCCAGGAAAUGAGCUCAUCCCGGAGUUAGUGACAAAUUUGCGCAUGCCUUUUGUGUGACCCUUUGGUGUCAGAGGUCAUGCAUGGCUGAGUUCAGAGAAAACACAAAUCAAAGAGUCAAAAAAACAAGCAGGCCCCAAAUUGUCAACAUCUGCAGGAACAUUUAUUUGAUUUGACUGAACUGGCGUCGAAAGGCUCCGGCUAACUUUUUGGGCUCGAUAUUGGUGGAGGAUUUUAAAUCCAAGCGUCAGUUUUGCAAAAUGAUCCUUAGAAUGACAAAGAAAAGCAAAGUUGGCGGAACAAACACAAAACGGCAUCUUAGAAUUGGUGUGACUCUUGAAAACUGCUGUCCUUACAAAACAAAAACAUCAUUUCAAAGCGAAUAUAUUUAUUUUUAUAGCAUCGGUUUGAUAUUCAGAAGAGAUGAAGAUGCCUGGGAGUGAGUCACACUGCCACUUUUUUUCGGGCUGUGGAUUUUAUUUGAUUUCAUUAUUAUUUUUUUUGCCUCUAAUGUGUCGUCAGACGUGCUUACUGCCAACUGAAAGGACUGGCUCAGUGACAGCCAGUGUGAGGUUGUGCCAAAUAAAUCCGCAGCACCGCGCGUUGCUGCUUUGCCUUGUACGCGGACUGUACAGAGGCGGACGGUGCAUGUUUUGUUUUGUUUUUCAGGGGCUGGGGGGGGGGGGGGGUUGAUCUGGUUCAGUAUUUCAGCAAGACUGUCUUAUCUGUUCAUUGUACAUAUUUAUUUAUCUAUUUAUUUCUAUUCAUUUGGGUCUCGCCGAAAUGCUUUAUUUAUUGAGAGACAUUGCGUCAGAUUUGCAAUGAUUGCUGCGUUAGAUUUCUUUUCCUGCCUGACAUUUCAAGCCCUAAAAUAAAUAUUUGACCGAGUUCUGACAUGAUAUACUCACUGUCAUUGUCUUGAAUGUGGCAAAAAAUAUAUAUAUAAUAUUAUGUCUGCGAUUUUACCUUUGUCAUGGCUAACAAAUGUUUACACAAGACUGAUACUAAAAUGAUUAAGGGCAAGAUUUGUGAUUUGGUCGUGCUAAAUGAAAUCUAUGGAAGCUGAUUAAGGACCAAAAAAAAAAAUAGCUUUAACCUUGACCAGAAUUAGGCUUUGGUGUACGUUGAUCAUGCCAUCCAGAGUAUGACAGAAUAUUUAUUCAAGGAUUUGAUUAACCGUUAUCAAUUUGGUGUUUUUGGAUUGAUUUUGGAUGAAACGUUAAUGUGUCCAUCCUACUCAAUAGCCUACACACAAACAAAAAGCUCUAGUCAUCAGGUGUAUAGAGGUCAUUUUUCUAUGUCCUGGAAUUUUUAAACAAGGUACAGCUGGCGGGGAAAAAAAACUGUUUCACUGUAACAUUGCAAGCAAUGUCCGAGCAGAAAUAAAUUCAACGGGUAACGGAUUGUAUAUAGAGCGCAGCCUUUUUUUUAAAUUCAUAUAAAAGCAAGACACAAGCAAAUGCUGCAAGGAGUCCAUCGGGGUGAAUUCUCUGAGAAAUAAAAAAGUCCUGAAUUUAAUGAUGACUGAACACAACAUUGUCUGUAAUGAGCUUCCAUAGGUUCAAGCGAAAGUUUACAUUUCAUCAACGGAGGCGUUUCCAAUCUCAGUCCACGGUACAUUAGCUAAGGAACAUUUUCGAAGACAACAUUGUACCUGUCGCUUCGACUGCUGUCCAACGUCUUUGUACACAUCUGUCACCAUUUUGUUACUACAACCCUUGUACAGCACAACUUUCAACAGUCCAAAUAAAUAUAGACCUAUUACGGAUCAUGAAAA